AUGGCAACAGGGUUGGAUGAUAUUGUUUUGAGAAUAGAGAUGACCGGUCGAUUAGGCGACAAUAGAAAAUUUCGCCUUCAUAAAACAACUAUAACUAGAAUCAGUGAAAUGGUAAGGGAUAGCAAUGGUAUGCCUGUUAAAAGUGGAAGGAAUUCUUUGAUGACAAACUUAACUGUGAUGCGACAUCAGUUGCCUCGGAAUAUAGCUGAUACGUUCGUCGAACCAUACGUUUGCACUUGGGAACCGCCAACUGAAGAAUCUUUCCCUUAUCCACAAGCUUAA